AUGUCGAAAAGUGAAGAUUUAGAAUUAUUAAAAGUAAUUGAAUUACAAAAUGAACUUAAAAAACGUGGUCUUGAGACAAAAGGACGCAAAGCAGAUUUAAUCACUCGUCUACGUCAAGCAAUUAAUGAUGGUAUUGAAGCUACUGAAACAACAACAACAACAGGUAAUCCAGAUAUAAGUGAUGAAGAAUCAGUUCCACCUGUAAUCAAAGAUGAAACAUCAUCUCCAUCAAGUGCUAUUGAAGAUGACGAUGAUGAUGAUGAUGAUGAACCAAAAUCCGUAUCCAAUAAUGAUCAAUUAGAAAAUCCUCCUCCUAUACAAGAAAUAGAAUCAAUAUUAAGUAAAAAACGUCGUCUUACUGAUGAUGAAGAAGGUGAACAUAAUGAAAUAGAAAAAUUAAAAGAUGAAGAUAUUGAAAAUGAUGAAUUAGCUAAACAACGACGUAAGAAAAAAAGUCGUUGGGGAUCAGAACAAGAUGAAGAAGAAGUCGAAUCAACAGAAAAACAACAUACUACAAAACGUACUUCCGAUGAUGAUGAUACUAUUGAUAAUAGUAGUACAACAAGUAGUAGUAGACAUCGAGAUCGUGAUCAUCAUCGAUCAUCAAGACAUGAUGAUGAUCGACAUCAUACUAAUCGACAUUCAGAAAGAUCAACUGAAAAAGAAAUAUCACUUCCAGAAGAAGAAAUUGUACAAUACAAUCCUGAUGAUGUUGUUCUAGAUUUUUAUACAUCUGAUCUAAAUCUUAAUAUUAAUACAAAUUGUUUAUCAGCAUCAAAUAAAACAAAUGAUGCAUUAUGUUUUUUAUGGGCUGGUACUCGUGCAAAUUAUGGAUUUAAACAAGGAAAAAUUUGUUAUGAAAUUCGAAUAAUUGAAAUUAUUGAAUGUUCACAUAUGCCAGAUAAUGAAAAAGAAAAAUUUGGUAUUCGUAUUGGUUGGUCAAAUUUAUAUUCUGGCCUUCAUGCACUUCAAUUAGGUGAAUUUAAUGAUUCAUUUGCUUAUACAUAUACUGGAAAGAAAAUAUGUAAAUUAAAUGAUGAAUUUUCGGAAGAUAAAUAUGGUGAAUCAUUUGGUGUAAAAGAUAUUCUUGGAUGUUAUAUUGAUUUUGGAAAUAAUGAUGAUAAUAAUAAUAAAAUAUAUAUAUCAUUUACAAAAAAUGGUCAAGAUUUAGGUCAAGCAUUUGAAUUAGAUAAAACAAAUUUUAUAAAUAAUAUUGAUGAAAAUCGAUUGAUUUUUUAUCCACAUAUUUUAGUUAAAAAUAUUAAAUUUGAAUGUAAUUUUGGACAAUUAGAAACAUCAUGGUCAGAAAUUAAAAAUAAUUAUAUAUUUCCACAAAAUAUUCCUUUAAAUGAACGAAUUCAUUGUUCAAAACCAAUUCUAGAAAAAAAUGAUUGUCAUGUUAUUUUACUUUCGGGAUUAAUAGGUUCAGGUAAAACAACAUGGGCAAAUAAAUAUAUUGAAGAUAAUCCAACAAAAAAUUUUAAUUUAAUCAAUGUUGAAUAUGUUCUUAGGAAAAUGACGAUUGAUGGUAAAUUACCAAUAAUAAAAGAUCGUAAUGAUGGUUUAAUGUUACGUGUAAAUAUUUGUUUACAAAAAUUAAUUGAAAUAGCUGCACAACGUCGACGAAAUUAUAUUAUUGAUCAUGUGAAUAUAAGUCGAGAAACUCAAUCAAAACGUCAACGAUUAUUUACUGGUUAUCAUCGUAUAGGUGUUGUUAUUGUACCUAAUGAUGAUGAGUUGAAAAGUCGUAUUGAAAAAAUUGAAAAAGCAGAAAAUAUUUCAAUACCUUCACAAUGGAUUCGGGAAGCGAAAGCUAAAUUUCAUUUCUUACAAAAAGGUUCUUCAUUAGAAGAUGUUAUCUAUCCUGAAUUAUCUUAUGAAGAUGCUAAAUCUUUGUAUGAUAAAAUUCAUCGAGAUUAUGAUCAACAUCGUUCAUCUUCAUCACGUUAUGAUCGACAUGAUGAUCAUCGUUCGUCACGUAAUGAUCGAAAUCGUUAUGAUGAUCGAGAUCGUGGUAGUCGUGAUCAUGAUCGAUAUGAUCGUUACAAUAGAUCUCGUUCACGUGAACGUGGAAGUCGAGAUCGUGAUCGUGAUCGACGAACAUCCCGUGAAGAUUCACGUUAUUCUUCAUCACGUCGGAAUGAUAAUUAUAGUGGUGGUGAUGGUGGUCAUAAUAAUAAUAACUAUCGUGGAGGUGGAUAUUCACGUGGUGGUAGUAGUAGUUAUUCUGAUCAUCGACAAGAUUCAAGAAACAAUAAUUCUAAUCAACGUGGUAGUUUCCAUGAAAGAGGCUAUCAUGGACGAGGAGGUAAUAAUCAAUCGAAUGAUGGAUGGCGUGGUGGAUAUCAUCAGCAACAAAGAAAUGAUUUUGGCGGAGGUAAUAGUGGACGUGGUCGCGGAGAUUUUCGAACUGGAAAUCAGUUUAAUAAUAAUCGAGGAUCAUAUCAUGAUAAUCAACGUGGUGGUAGUAGUGGGUUUCGAUCAGAUUUUAAUAAUCAACAACGUGGUCGACAAUUUAAUGAAUAUGAUAAUAAUUCUCAACGUCAAGGUAGUACGGGUGGAUUUAUACAAAAUAAUAAUAAUUUCAAUCAACAACAUGAUCGACAAGGAUUUGGAUCUCGACCACCAAUGCAACAGCAACAGCAGAAUCUAUUUCAAAAUCAAUCUCAACGUCCACAAUCACUUCUUCAAAAUCCACCAUCUAUUCAACAGCAACAAUUUCCAUCUCAAAUUCCUCAACAAAUAACAACAAAUAAUCCAAAUUUAUCUUUACAAUCCCAAAAUCCUUUAGCUAUGAAUCCGACUAGUGUAACACAACCAAGUUCACUUGAUUCAUGGUUUGCAUUAUAUGCUGCUGCUGCACUUAAUCCACAAGUCUCUCAACAACAAAUUCAACCACAACAAGAUACUAAUUCAAUAACUCAAUGGACACAAUGGUUAAAAACAGCACAAAUGGGUCAAGCAGUUCAACAACAACAACCUCAAAUAACUAUUCAACAACCUGACACUCAACACCACCAACAACAACAAAAUCAAUUGCCUGAUGCAGCUGCUUUGUAUUAUCAAGCAUAUUAUGCUCAAUUAGCAGUUGCUCAACAACAAGCAGCAGCAGCUGGUUCAACAAAUGGUAGUAUAGCACCACCUGGUAGUAGCGAUAAAUCACUUUCCUGA